UAAGGAGCAUGGCUGCGUGCUGUGUUUGUACUUCCUCGUAAUAGGCGAUUGGGGAGAAAUGUGAGAUGUCUGUGGUUUUUGUACCUGAGAGGUUGCGGGAAAAUAUCCAGAUCAACCAGAAUAUAAUACAACAGUUACUUGAUGAAAAUGACCAACUGAUUCGAUGUAUUGUGGAUUAUCAACAGAAAGGACGUGCCUCUGACUGUGUGCAAUAUCAGCAGAUUUUGCACAGGAAUCUUGUUUACUUGGCAACCAUUUCAGAUUCCACUCCUAGCACGCCAUCAGCUGUAAUUGUGACAUUUCCCGAUACCGUGGCAGAGGCUGCUGUUGUGAAUUCAGCCAUUAAACCAGAGGUUAAUCAUCCCAUGUCUCCUGAAGAGAAGAGAAAUGACCGUGUGCUGUAAGGUCCAAGCUAGUGAUUAUGCAUUAUUAGUAAACAGAGAUAUGAACAGGAAAAGGGCCAUAUCAUUUUUCAUGUUCCUAAACCUCAAUUGACUACAUGCUGGUUCUACAUGUUUCUUAUUUUGAUAUGGUUAAAGUAAAUUACUUUUAGUGAUGUCCAUUAAAUAAUACUUUAUGUUCCUUAUAAUUUAAGAAAAUAAAUGGAAGUCCUAUAAUUGGCAAUUUGUUUCUUAGUGGAUAUAUUUGAUGUUGAAUCUCAUUACCAUAGAGUAAAUGCAGUGAUUUUUAAUGUGGUUUAUUUAAUAGCUGUAAAAUUAACGUUGCAAAGGCUGUCUCCAGUUCAGUAUUAGUUUUGUAACUGAAAUAUGUUUAAAUAUCAUACAAUAUAAAAAGUAAAUGAAAGCAAAACCACUUGGUGACUGGAUUAUAUGGUUAUUUUUCUAAUUCCCUCUGUAUAGUGUGCCUCUUAGAUUAUAUGUGAAUGUUUAUACAAAAGCUUGCUUAUGGAAAAAAUAAAAUGCUGUGCUUUUCAUGUUUAAAUGUGGCACACUGACUGCAUUUUGGCUGUCAAGGUUGCCUCAGAAAGGAUAUUCUAAGUACUCUUUAACUCUACUGCUAAUGGUAGAUCUUGGGAGGUUUCAUAUAGGAGGGAUUUUUGGAAAUAAUUCAGUUUUAAGACAUCAUGUUUGUGCUAUAAAAAGUUUUCAAUCUCUAAGGUGGAAGUUUUCGCCUUUUUUAUUGUUAUACAGACUUGAAACACAGUGGAUUGAAUGUGGCUUUUUUGACAUUUAUCAAUAUAAAAAGAUCCUUUAAUGUCUAAACUGAAGACAUAUAUCUCUGUAAAAUAAAUUAAUUACAAAUAAAAGAUGCAAAAUAAUUGA